GACUGGGAAGCCCCUCCACACUUCUUUCCUCCUCCGUGCCUAGAAACCAGCAAUUCCCCCCUGGAACCCCAGCCUGGCCUCGUGGGAGCUUGUUGGAGCUCAUCUGUUCUCGCAGGAUGGAAUACGACACCAAGACACCCGCCUACUCGACAGGGGACAAGACCUCGUUUGGGUGGACCACGGCAAGAGAUAGGUGGCCUGUCAUCAUCACCCAAGCUAUCGACGACGUGUACCGGACCACCUCCCAGAGCAAGGACCCAGCCACCACCCAAGAGGGGAAGAAGAUCGUUGACGAGCUCGCCCGCCUGAAGUAUGAGGUCCAGCACGACCGCAAGCUGACCCCCAUACGGGACGAUGGCUUCCCCGACGUCGACAUCUACAACAAGGAGCUGGAGCAGCUGGGCAACCCGAGCUGGCUCAACGUCAACUGGCUAUACUGCGAGUGCUACCUCUUCAGGCGCAUAAGCACGUCCUUUGCCCUCUCCGAACACUGGAAGACCUACGACGUCUUCGCCCGCCAGAAGAUUAGGACAUUCCGCUCCUCCCGCCCCGCCGUCCUCGAGCUUGCCGCCCGCUACAAGAACCUGCUCAGGCAGGUCGAGGAGGGACGCGGGGAGCCGGCGGAUGAGGAGGCAGAGAAGAUCUUGUUCCUGGAAAUGUGCGAGAUCUGCCUAUGGGGAAACGCCACCGAUCUGUCACUCCUGACCAACCUCACCUACGAGGACAUCCAGAAGCUGCAGGGAUCCGAGGCCAGGAAGAACGCCGAAAAGAACAUCCUCGUCAACGACCUGCCUGCUGUCUACGAUUUGCUCAGGAAGGCCAAGGCCGAGGGCCAGAAGGAGCGAAGAGUAGACAUCGUCCUGGACAAUGCUGGAUUCGAGCUUUUUGUCGACCUGAUCCUUGCCGGGUAUCUGCUGUCCUCGGGUCUGGCUACGCACGUGGUCCUGCACCCCAAAGACAUCCCCUGGUUUGUAUCCGACGUCCUGCCCAGCGACUUUGCCGAGCUGCUCAAUGCCCUUGCAAGCCCCAGGAAGUUCUACGAGACACCGUCAGAGGACGAGGUGCUUCAGAACAAGACCCCAGAGCCGCUCGCGGAUAAGGAAGCCGAGGACCUGUCUUUCUUGUUCCAGAACUGGAGCCAGCUCUAUGCUGAAGGGCAGGUCAUUCUGCGGCCAAAUCGCUUCUGGACACACCCGGGCAGUUUCUGGAGGCUGCCGAACGUGGCCAAGGAACUUUACGAGGACCUCAAGACGAGCCAUGUCAUCAUCUUCAAGGGCGACCUAAACUACAGGAAGCUCACCGGCGAUGCACAAUGGGAUGCCUCGACGCCCUUCACCGAGGCAAUUGGUCCAUUGGGGCCCGGAUCGGGGCUCAACGUGCUGGCCCUGCGGACCUGCAAGGCGGACGUCGUUGUGGGUCUGCCUCCUGGCAAGGACGAGGAGCUGCGCGCGAUGGACGGGGGAGGAGGUGAUUCGGGCGCGCGGAAGUGGGCAUGGAACGGCAAAUGGGCCGUGGUUUCCUUCUCAUCUGGAAAGUGAGACUGCCCAUUAAUGGGCCUCCCCCCCCCUUUAUCCUGGGUCGCCCACAGCAGCCCAAGCUUAGAUAGAGCUGGUACAUGAAGACAAAUAGAAAAAAGCCCAUGCAUUGGUCUUG